GCUAGCAUAAGCUAAAUCACACAAGACAGAAGCUUCCAUGCUAGGGCCCACUCAUCCACCCACCCACCCACGACGUCCUCAAUUUCUUUGUUUCUUACCAAGAUGAUCGUCUAUAUUCAAUGAACUCAAACAUAAAACCUAAUCCCAUUAUAAAGCUUUCUACCAUUAAAUAUUCAGUCUUUAUGCUGCUCGAGUCAUAAUACACCUCACUAUCUGAAAUUAUUUGUGGAGCCAUGGGUGAGAUUGAUCCAUCUUUCUUUCAAGACCUUGAACAAAGGCCUAAAUUCAGACCAACACAGCUUGAAGAAAUCCCCGUUAUAGAUCUUUCAGUUUCAAGCUCUAAUGGCAUCCAAGAAGUGAUCUCAAAAAUAGGAGAAGCAUGCAAGAAAUAUGGCUUCUUUCAAGUGAUCAAUCAUGGAGUACCGGUAGAGCUACGUCAAGAAACUGAGAAGGUUGCUAAAGAAUUCUUUGAUCAGUCAUUAGAAGAGAAAGGGAAGGUGCAAAGAAAUGAGGUUGAUCCUAUGGGUUAUCAUGACAGCGAACAUACCAAAAAUAUUAGAGACUGGAAAGAGGUUUUCGAUUACUUGGUAUUAGACCCUACUUUGGUCCCUGCCUCUGAUGAUCCUCAUGAUAAUGAGCUUAGAACUUUGACUAAUCAAUGGCCGCAGUACCCUUCUCAGUUCAGGGGACUGUGCCAAGAAUACGCUAAGCAAGUAGAGAAACUAGCUUUCAAGUUAUUGGAACUUAUUUGUUUGAGCUUAGGCUUGCCUGCUGAUCGUUUAAAUGGCUACUUCAAGGACCAAAUCAGCUUUGCUCGGCUUAAUCACUACCCUCCUUGCCCUGCGCCUCACCUAGCUCUUGGCGUAGGCAGACACAAAGAUGGUGGUGCUUUAACUGUUCUUGCCCAAGAUGAUGUUGGAGGACUAGAAAUUGCCCUGAGAUCCGAUGGAGAAUGGGUUCCAGUCAAGCCAAUUCCAAAUGCCUUCAUCAUCAAUAUUGGCAAUUGUAUGCAGGUUUGGACUAACGACCUAUAUUGGAGUGCCGAGCACAGAGUAGUCGUGAACUCCCAAAAGGAAAGAUUUUCGAUGCCAUUUUUCUUUUUCCCUUCUCACUAUGUGCAAAUUAAGCCCCUAGAUGAGCUUCUAAACCAGCAAAAUCCUCCAAAAUAUGAGGAAUUCAACUGGGGAAAGUUUUUUGCUAGUAGAAACCGUAGCGAUUAUAAGAAGCAAGAGAAGGAAAAUAUCCAAAUAGAUCAUUUUAAGGCAUCAGAAUGACUGUUUGCAGUACUGAAUUCUAUAUGUAUGCAUGUUUCUGUAUUCCAAUGAGUUUGAUCUGAGUGAGUUGUUUGUUGA